AAAGAGCAUUUACUGCGAUGGAGUAAAACGAUCAGGCGGCGGGCGAGUCAAUGCUCGUUGCAAUCUUCGCUCGCAACAUGCAUUUCGCGCUCCCUCUCAAUCGAUCGGUGCGUUGUUCCCUCCCGGGCGUUCAAAACCCUAACCCCAACAAAUCCCAUCCCUCCGUCUCACCCAACCACGGAAAUCGGUUCGAUCGAUUCUCUUCUCGCUCUGUUUCGCAAAUCGCAUACUCACAUGGUGCACCUCGAAUUUGGCCUCGCGUACUCAUUCGAGCUGGGGCUUCUCGGAGAGAUGCGCAGUCUCUCUCUGGCGGCUCCUUUGGAGAUGACGAAGAAGCUGUGCGACAGCCGAGUUUUGUGGAGUUCAUCACAUCGGAGAGGGUUAAGGUGGUGGCGAUGCUUGCUUUGGCCUUGGCGCUAUGCAAUGCGGACCGAGUCGUGAUGUCGGUGGCCAUUGUUCCUCUUUCCCUUGCUAACGGCUGGCGCCAGUCCUUCGCCGGCGUUGUUCAGUCAUCUUUUCUUUGGGGAUACCUGAUAUCACCAGUAGCUGGGGGUACACUUGUGGACUAUUAUGGUGGUAAGGUCGUCAUGGCGUGGGGUGUGGCUUUAUGGUCACUAGCCACAUUUCUUACUCCUUGGGCUGCAGAAACUUCUUUAUGGGCAUUACUUGCCAUGCGAGCCUUGCUUGGCAUUGCGGAAGGGGUGGCCCUUCCAUGUAUGAACAAUAUGAUAGCAAGGUGGUUUCCUCAUACAGAACGAUCGAGGGCGGUUGGUCUUGCAAUGGCUGGAUUUCAGCUUGGAAGUGCUAUUGGACUUUCACUUACUCCAAUCCUUAUGUCAAAGGGUGGUUUAUUUGGACCAUUUGUGAUAUUUGGGUUAUCUGGAUUUCUAUGGGUUUUGGUGUGGCUAUCAGCAACAUCAAGUUCUCCUGAUCGAAGUCCUCAAAUAUCAAAAUCUGAGUUGAAGUACAUAUUGAGCAUGAGACCAAAUAAUAUUGUGAUUGGGGAUAAACCGAAGACAGAAAAAGUGAUUCCUCCUUUUAAGCGCUUGCUUUCUAAGAUGCCAACAUGGUCCCUAAUUGUUGCAAAUGCCAUGCAUAGCUGGGGAUUCUUUGUUAUCCUUUCAUGGAUGCCUAUUUACUUUAAAACGAUGUAUCUUGUUGACCUUAGACAAGCAGCAUGGUUUAGUGCUGUUCCAUGGAGUAUGAUGGCAGUAGUAGGUUACUUUGCUGGUGUUUUGUCAGACACAUUGGUACAAAGUGGCACGACUCUAACUCUAACUCGCAAAAUCAUGCAGUCAAUUGGUUUUGUUGGCCCCGGGAUUGCUCUCAUUGGUUUAACUAUGGCAAAAAAUCCAACAUUGGCAUCUGCUUGGCUAACUUUGGCUGUUGGGCUAAAAUCAUUCAGUCAUUGUGGCUUCCUUGUGAAUCUUCAGGAGAUCGCACCACAAUAUUCUGGUGUCCUACACGGUAUCUCAAAUACUGCUGGGACAUUUGCUGCUAUUUUGGGAACUAUUGGAGCUGGAUUUUCUGUUGAAUUACUAGGCUCUUUCCAGGGGUUCUUGUUGUUCACAUCCCUUUUAUAUUUUUCUGCUGCUCUGUUCUGGAAUUUAUUUUCUACGGGAGAUAGAGUCAACUUUGAUGAAACCAACUAGAUCAUAUACAAUUGUGAUUAUUUAUCUAUUGCUACUUGGAUGUGAAGUGUAGUUUACAGAUGAAAACACGUUAUAAAUCUCAUGGUCAUAAUUCACAGUGAAAAAGGGUUACUCACGCCUAA